CUCACUCCAAAUAUCGGCCCUCAAUUAUCAACGAAGGAGAACGAAAAGGAUCCGAAUUCUUCGAAAAGACCGACUGACUUGUGUGUCAAUUAUUCUAUUCAAAGACCCCCUCUUUCUUGUUUGUUACCUUCCAUACAAAUUCUAAAUACCCUCAAUCAAACAUCAAAGUACUUCUUCCAAAAGUAUUUCGUUGUUCUGUCUUUUUUUAAACACUUCAUUCUAUACUACUUCUCAUUUACAUCUAGAAAAACGGAAUAAAAAGGUUUCUUACGUUUUUGUUUACGUUACGGAUUCCCCAUCUCUCUUUUAUUCAUUUAGAACUCCACCACACCGUCGAAGAAUAGAAUUUCUUGAGACUCUUCACCCAGGUAAGCUCAAAUUGAACCCUUUCGAUCCUCUUUUCUUCAAUUUCGUUACUCGUCCUUCCUCCGUAUACGGACUUCCCCAAGCUUCAAGCUUUUUUAUUCUCUCAUCCGUUCAGCCCACCACACCACUACCACUCUUUCCUUUUUGGGCUGCAUAGAAGUUUUCUUCAAUUGACUAACAAUUUCCCCUUUCGCACAUUCAGAUUUUUGAUCACUUCCUCCUCUCACGAUGCCUUCUGCCACAGAAUCCGGUUCAGGCAAUGCCAACGACAAUAUUCGCAGAUUUACUGCUCCUUCCAGACCUUUGAGCCCAAGAGCUGAACAUACCCUUUUCCACGACAAGACAAGAUGUUUUGUCUACGGUCUGCAACCAAGAGCCGUUCAAGGCAUGCUCGAUUUUGACUUCAUCUGCAAGAGAAAGACUCCUUCGGUUGCAGGUAUUAUUUAUACAUUCGGUGGUCAAUUUGUUAGCAAAAUGUACUGGGGAACCAGCGAGACUUUGCUUCCAGUUUACCAAGAUGUUGAAAAGGCCAUGGCUAAGCACGAGGAUGUUGAUACCGUUGUCAACUUUGCUUCAUCGCGAAGUGUCUACCAAUCCACUAUGGAACUUUUGGAAUACCCACAAAUUAAGUCAAUUGCCAUCAUUGCUGAGGGUGUACCUGAAAGAGUGAGUUUUUUGCUUCAAAUCAAUUUGAUCGUAUGCUCAUAAAUAAAUUAGCGUGCUCGUGAAAUUCUUCAUGCAGCAGCCAAGAAGGGUGUUACAAUUAUUGGUCCAGCUACUGUCGGUGGAAUCAAGCCAGGAUCCUUCAAGAUUGGUAACACUGGUGGUAUGAUGGAUAACAUUGUUGCAUCUAAGCUCUACCGAAAGGGCUCCGUUGGUUACGUCUCCAAAUCUGGUGGUAUGUCCAACGAGCUCAACAACAUUAUUGCCAACAAAACCGAUGGUGUUUACGAGGGUGUUGCCAUUGGUGGUGACAGAUACCCAAGCACAACCUUUAUCGACCAUCUCCUCAGAUAUCAAGCUGAUCCAGAAUGUAAGAUUUUGGUUUUGUUAGGAGAAGUUGGUGGUGUUGAGGAAUACAGAGUUAUUGAGGCCGUUAAGAACGGAACCAUCACAAAGCCAAUUGUCGCAUGGGCCAUUGGUACUUGCGCAAGCAUGUUCAAGACUGAGGUCCAAUUCGGACACGCUGGUUCAUUUGCCAACUCACAGCUCGAGACUGCAGCUACUAAGAACAAGUCCAUGAAAGAAGCUGGUUUCUACGUUCCAGAUACCUUCGAAGAUAUGCCAGCGGUCCUCGCCUCCGUCUACGAAAAGCUUGUUGCAGAUGGAACCAUCGUACCACAACCCGAGCCAAUCGUACCAAAGAUCCCAAUUGAUUAUUCAUGGGCUCAAGAACUUGGUCUUAUUCGAAAGCCUGCUGCUUUCAUCUCCACCAUUUCCGAUGAUCGUGGACAAGAACUUUUGUAUGCUGGUAUGCCAAUCUCUGAUGUCUUCAAGGAGGAUAUCGGAAUUGGUGGUGUCAUGUCUCUUUUGUGGUUCCGUCGUCGUCUUCCAGAUUAUGCAAGCAAAUUCCUCGAGAUGGUUCUCAUGCUUACUGCCGAUCACGGUCCAGCUGUUUCUGGUGCCAUGAACACUAUCAUUACCACCAGAGCCGGAAAGGAUCUUAUCUCUGCUCUUGUUUCUGGUCUCUUGACCAUUGGAUCCAGAUUCGGUGGUGCUCUUGACGGUGCCGCUGAGGAGUUCACCAAGGCAUUUGACAAGGGUCUUUCUCCACGUGAUUUUGUUGACACCAUGAGAAAGCAAAACAAGCUUAUCCCAGGUAUUGGACACAAGGUCAAGUCAAGAAACAAUCCAGAUCUCCGUGUCGAACUCGUAAAGGAGUUCGUCAAGAAGCGUUUCCCAAGCUGCAAGAUGCUUGACUAUGCUUUGGCUGUCGAAUCCGUCACUACCUCCAAGAAAGACAACUUGAUCUUGAACGUUGAUGGUGCCGUUGCCGUCUGCUUCGUUGAUUUGAUGCGCAAUUGCGGUGCAUUCAGCGCAGAGGAGGCUGAGGAUUACAUGAAGAUGGGUGUAUUGAACGGCCUGUUCGUUCUCGGACGUUCCAUUGGUUUGAUUGCUCAUUACCUCGAUCAAAAGAGAUUGCGCACUGGUCUCUACAGACAUCCUUGGGAUGAUAUUACCUACCUUUUGCCAUCUUUGUCUUCGGGUGCUCCGGGUACUGAGGGUCGUGUUGAGGUGCAGAUGUAAGGUGCGAGUAGUUGAAGAUGAUUUUGUAAACGCAAAUGCGAAGGGUAGAAGUUAUAGAGCAUGCUUCUACUUGUUACAGGGAUUUUUUUUCUGAUCCAACAUGCUGGAUGGAGUUUUUAAGAUCAAUCAUGUAGUAGAUGAAUUGCUAUAGAGCAAGAUUUUUUAAUGGAAAUGAAAGCAAAACUAUGAAUCAAUGAAGU